AUGGGAAUAGUGGCACCUGUAAUACUAAAGGCAAGGAUAUUGAUGCAGCAGUUAUGUCGAAAUAAUUAUGGAUGGGACGAUGAAAUAUCGAAUAGUGAAAAUAUAUUGUGGAACAGAUGGCUCGAAGAUAUUCCCGGACUUGAGAAUAUAUUCAUGCAAAGAUGUUUUGCGCCGUCUGGUUUUGGCAAUAUUGUGACUCGUCAAAUACACCAUUUUGCAGAUGGCUCUGCAGUUGCCUAUGGGACUGUAUCGUAUUUGCGACUAAUCAAUGAAGAUGGGAAGAUUCAUGUUGCGUUUCUUUUAGGAAAAGCUCGACUUGCACCCAUCAAAACUGUUUCAAUACCACGGCUGGAGUUGACUGCUGCCGCUCUUGCAGUCAAAUUAGAUUUAUUUCUGAGACGUGAAUUAGACUUCGAAGAAAAGGAGUCGAUGUUUUGGACAGACUCAACUUCCGUGCUUUUGAGUAUUAAUAAUACAUCACGAAGAUUUCCAACAUUUGUGGCAAAUCGACUUGCAAAGAUUGAAGAGGGAUCGAAUGCUUUGCAGUGGAGAUAUGUACCUACAGAUUUGAAUCCGGCAGACGAUGGCAUCCAGAGGGUUGUCGGUACAAUCGUUGAUGGAUGA